GUCGGCGGGAGAGGAGGAGGCCGUCGUGGGUUCACUUGGUCGGACCCGUAGAGCAUUGCCGCCAGUCUUUGUUGAAGUAGGCGAACGGUGCGGUCGUGUUUUCCGUCCCUGUUUUUGCAGCAAACAUGUCUGGAAGAGGCAAGGGCGGCAAGGGCCUGGGCAAGGGUGGUGCCAAGCGCCAUCGCAAGGUUCUUCGCGAUAACAUCCAGGGGAUCACCAAGCCUGCAAUCCGUCGCCUAGCGCGCCGCGGUGGUGUCAAGCGCAUUUCCGGCCUCAUCUAUGAAGAGACCCGCGGCGUCCUCAAGGUCUUCCUGGAGAACGUCAUUCGCGAUGCCGUCACCUACACCGAGCACGCCAAGAGGAAGACCGUGACGGCCAUGGAUGUGGUGUACGCCCUCAAGAGGCAAGGCCGUACCCUCUAUGGUUUCGGUGGUUAACAGCCGUCUCGCCGUCGGACACACAUCGAAAACGGCCCUUUUCAGGGCCAAACCAGUACCGAUCUAUCUUGGAAACGGGUUUUCAUUCCAACGCCUCCCUCCCGUGUCUCUCUGUAAUCCUGAAAACAAGCACUGCUUUGGGUGAGUGAUUCCUCUUUUGUCAUGAGUGUUGUUUUGCCGCGGGUCUCUACCAUUUUGUGCGCCACAGCCGAGUGUACCAAUCUUCUCAGGCAGCAGUCGAACA